UAAACUGAAAUGGGCGGGGCAGAGCGUGACUGACAGGCGGUUCCUCCAAUUGCGUAGCGCGAUGAGUCUCUCUCGGCCAAUGGCGCGGCCGCGGAGCACCUCGGGGGAGGAGCCAAGCGGGGAUCAUUUUUUAGCAGAGUGCGCACUUGCACACGAAACCCUCCUUUCCCUACCCACUCGGCUGGUGACUUUCCGCUCUUUGAAAAGAAAAGUCAAGCUCAAGAAGUGUUCUGUUAUUAUUGUUUUUCUUUCCUCACAGCGCUAUGUUUUUAAGGUAACCGCUUUUAACUCGUCUUUUAAACCUCCAGCCGCAUUCGCGCACUUUGUUUUUCCUCCUUGGCAUGUGCAAAUCCUCGUGAAGAAAUCUCGCGUCGCACGUUUCUUUGCAAAAAAAAAAAAAAAAAGAAGAAGAAGAAAAAUCAUGUUUAAAAGUGUUAGCAAGACGGCCGCGGACGAUGUGUCGCAAAGGUGUAUUGAGUUCAUCAAAGAUCAACUCUAUUUUGCCAUACUUCAGCAAAAGAUCAAGAGCACGACCGAGCGACACUGUUUCUGCAUAGACGAGGAGCUGGCCUAUGAGAACUUCUAUGCGGACUUUGGUCCCCUUAACCUGGCCAUGUUUUAUCGCUUCUGUUGCAAGCUGACGAAGAAGCUCAAGUCCAUUACACUCUCGAGGAAGAAGAUCAUAUUCUAUACCUGUGGCGAUCAGAAGAAACAAGCCAAUGCUGCCUAUUUAAUAGGCUCAUAUGCAGUCAUGCAUCUAAAUAUGACGCCAGAGGACGCCUACAGUCUGCUGGUGUCAAGGAAUUCAACAUAUAUACCAUUCAGAGAUGCUUCGUUUGGAACCUGCAUGUACAAUCUGAACAUCCUCGACUGCCUCCGCGGCGUUCACAAAGCCCUGCAGUACGGCUGGCUCGACUUCUCCAACUUCGAUGUGGAGGAGUACGAGCACUACGAGAGAGCGGAAAACGGAGACUUAAACUGGAUCAUUCCAGGAAAGUUCCUUGCAUUCAGCGGGCCUCAUCCGAAGAGCAAAAUCGAGAAUGGGUACCCUCUGCAUGCUCCUGAGGCCUACAUCCCAUACUUCAGGAAACACAACAUCACCACCGUCGUCAGACUCAACAAGAAGAUGUAUGACGCUCGGCGGUUUACGGACUCCGGCUUUGAACAUCAUGACCUGUUCUUCGUGGACGGGAGUACGCCGAAUGACUCCAUUGUCAGGAAGUUCCUCAACAUCUGUGAGAAUGCGGAAGGGGCCAUCGCUGUCCACUGCAAAGCUGGUCUGGGGAGGACGGGUACUCUGAUUGGCUGCUACAUGAUGAAGCAUUACCGGCUCACUGCAGCAGAGGCUAUUGCAUGGAUACGGAUCUGCCGACCAGGGUCCAUCAUCGGUCCUCAGCAGAACUUUGUCGAAGAGAAGCAGAAUAGUCUGUGGGCAGAGGGAGAUGUUUUCCGGGAGAAGAUGCUAAACGAACGGGAGAACGGAAAGACGGCUGUGACCAGGAUCCUGUCUGGAGUGGAUGACAUAACCAUCAACGGGAGCAACAAAAACAGGGCAUCCAAGAAAGAAGACAUGGAUCUGUACAAUGAUGAAGAGGAGAGAAACGGCCUCACGCAGGGUGAUAAACUACGCGCUCUGAAGAGCAAGAGGCAGGCCCGAUCGUCUUCAGGCUCAUUAUCGCAGGUGGUAGCGUUCUGCUGCAGCCUCAUGGGCACGGUGUGGCCGAUGUGUUGCCUGCCGUUCAAAAGAUAGAAGCAGAAAGAGAAAGAGGCAAAGAGAGAGUGGGGGAGAGGAAAAGCAGAGAGAGGAAGUGAGGUUUUGUAUGAUGGAGGUAAGUGCACGUCACUUCCUUUUUUAGCUGACAUCCUCUUCCUGUAGAGACGGUUGCUAUGCCAGUGAAUGGUAUGGCUGACUUGAAGUUGUUCUUUUUCCCUUUUUCUUUUUUUUAAUUUUUAUUUUCUUUGGAUGACUAUGGUGUGAAGUGGAUAUGCACUUAGUGGAUGCAUUACAUUUACACGCCUUUCAUUGUCUGCCUCAUAGACACACUGAGCUGUGCUGCUUUGAUAUCGGGGCGUACCCCAGAUAUCCUCUGAGUGAAGAUAAACCUCUCGAGCUGAAACCCACUGUACCGGUUAACAACAGCACCAAUUAUUCAACUAAUCGCAGCUUUUUGAUCAGAGCUGGAUUAGUUGAAUUAAAUAUUUUAGUGCUUGGCUUACACUACUGACUUUGCACUUCUCAAGGAAAAAUGUGCUAGUAGGGGAAACCGUGGCCUCAUUCUCCUCUGCACUGAGCAUGUCUUUGAUAAAGCAGCUAACAACCACUUUAGCUAUAGGUGAUUUUUAUUAUUUAUUAGUAGGUCUUUGGUAUCAAAUUGAUCUGUGACUGAGGUGUUCUACGAGUUUAAUUUGCAGCUUUGGGAUAUAUUGUUGUUCAUUCUGAUUUAAAGGAUUACAAAACAUCACGUGUGACAUUCUAGGUAGUUACGAGACGAAAAGGGGGUUUUUAAUCAGGAGGGAGUCGAGGCAGGAGAAAGAUUCGCUUGCACUUCAGGCCGUAUGCUCUAUCGGUGUGUGCGUUUCUACACAAACGUCUUAUAUCCAGCUGAACUUCACCAUCUGGCUCCGCUGUUUAUUUUAUUAUGCAACACUGGAGUGCAUGUCGAGUCCUAGGGGUGAUUAGGGAAAAAAACAGUUAUCAAAACUUUUCUCCAUCCUCUCUGGCUUUUCAUGCAUGGCAACAGGCAUGAAAGCCCCUGGACAUGCACGCCUGCACAUGCCUCUGUUCAAUCUGUGUUUUUGUGUCUAACAUAUAAUUAUUGUUGGGCCGGGAUCAUUGUCAAUUGCCCGUUGUUGUUUUUUUCCAUGGCUUUUGUGACUGGAUCAGUGUACAUUUAUCAUCUGAGCUUUGUGCGCUCCGUCAGGUCCUUCUGAAGCAGAAUCUGACAAUAGAUAAUUCAUUCAGAACUAACGAUUACAUAAUUUUUUAUUUAUUUUUUGCUGACUCUAAAUAGCCGGCCCUGCAUCAUACUAACAUCUCAGCAUAAAUUUCUGUAUCAUAGAUGUUUCAAAUUCUGCUACAUCUCUCUACAUUGAGCACGAGGCAGAUUGCUGACGCAUCAGAUCACGUAAAGAAUUAAAAACUUGACGUCUGUCACUGCUCGAUACAAGGCUCUAUGAAAGGUGUUUCAUCUAAUCCAGUCCCGGUGGAAAAGCAGAACAUCAGAGGCUUUGUGUCCCGCCCAGACGUCUCUUGUCUCUCCUUCCUUUAUAUCCCUUUUUUUUUUUUUUUUUUUUUU